AUGACUGUAGCGCAGCCUGUAGUGGUUUCCCUUCAUGACUUGCAGAAUGGUGCCGUUUCUGAUGAGACGCUCCAGGAAGCAUUUGGACCCGAGUCGCUGGGUAUCUUGGUGGUGAAGGAUGUACCCCAAGAGUUUGCAGAGCUACGGCAUAAACUGCUGUCUUAUGCAUCGUAUAUGGGCAACCUCAAUGAAGAAGAUUUUGAGAAAUUCACAAAUGAGGCUGCCAAGUACCUAGUUGGGUGGUCAAAAGGCCGUGAGCAACUCAAGAACGGUGGUGCAGAUGACUUGAAGGGGUCAUUUUACGCCAACUGCGCCUUCUAUGUAGACCCGUCCAGCGAAGCCCCAAAGCCAACUGCAAAGUUCACGCUUGAGGACUUCCCGGAGUAUUUGGCGCCCAACUCGUGGCCACCCAGGGAGAUGCUGCCCGGUUUCAAGCCCUCCAUGGAGGCUUUAUGUCGCCUCAUCAUUGACACGGCGGUUCUCGUUGCCAAGGCCUGCGACAGAUUUGCUGAAAAGGAGAUCCCCGAGUACCCCAAGUCGUAUUUGGAGCAUGUUGUCAAGACGUCCUCGACCACGAAAGCGCGUCUGCUCCAUUAUUAUCCCAUGACUGCCGAGGUGAUGGCCAGGGGUGACCAAGAAGAUAAUUGGUGUGCAGUCCACAAAGAUCACGGGUGCCUGACAGGUUUGACAUCCGCCAUGUUCAUUGACGAGAACAAGGUGAAUGCAAAGGUUCCAGACUUUGGCACUAGUAUCCCAGAGUCUCUCUCGCCUCUCCAGGAACUGCCACAGUCGCCUGACCCUCAGGCCGGUCUGUGGAUCAAGUCGAGAAAGGGUGAGCCAGUCCAAGUCAAGAUACCCAGAGAUUGCAUUGCUUUCCAGACAGGCGAGGCUCUUGAGAGAAUUACCCGUGGGAAAUUCAAGGCCGUUGAGCACUCAGUUCGUGGUGCUUUUGCUCAAGGAGUGGCCAGAAAUACUUUGGCGGUAUUCACACAGCCCAAUCUAGAAGACGAAGUGGAUUUGGACCAGCACCUUUUGUUUGGCGAGUUCGCGAGAGGUAUCAUUGCAAAGAACACUGUAUAG